GCUCUUUGCCCAUCACUCAAACAUGGAUCUGAAAAAUAUUGGAUGUUUUUUACUGUUGGUCUGUUUGUCACAAAUCUAUAUAAUCAAAGGAAGUGCCAUCCCAUUAAAUGCUUCUAUAGCAGAUGCCAGAAGUAACGAAAUAUGCAUGAAAGAGCUAGGAUGCUUUUCAAUAACAGAUGAUUUUAAAAGUAUCCUGCACAGACCAAUAAAUGUGCUUCCUCAUGAUAGGGUGACAAUAAACGCAAGAUGUCUCUUAUACACCAGAAAGAAUGCCAAAGAGGCUCAUCAUCUCAUUGCUGGAGAUAAGGACAGCAUUCUUGAAUCAGACUUAGAUCCGGAAAACCCCGUCAUUUUUAUUGUACAUGGAUUUAUGGAUAGUGAGCUUUAUGGGCCAUGGAUGGUGUCUAUGAAAGACGAGUUCCUAAUGAGUGGAGAGUACAAUAUCAUCAUUGUGGACUGGAGUGGUGGAAAUAAACCACCCUACUAUCAAGCUACAGCAAACACAAGAGUAGUAGGAGCGGAAAUAGCUUUAAUGAUCCAAACUUUAGAGAAACUAAAAGGCAUUAAGAGAGAAGACUGUCACAUAAUUGGACACAGUCUCGGAUCACACGUGGCUGGUUAUGCUGGAACAAGACUGAAAACAUUAGGACGAAUCACAGGUUGUGAUCCAGCUGAGCCUUACUUCCAGAAUAUGCCACCUAGUGUAAGGUUGGAUCCUACUGAUGCCGAUUUUGUGGACGUCAUUCAUUCAGAUGCUACGGACAUCAUGUUUAUCGGUUUUGGAAUGAGUCAUAAGGUUGGACACAUAGAUUUUUUCCCUAACAAUGGCAGAAACCAACCUGGAUGCAAGACGGAUAAGUUCAAGUCUUUUAUUACGGAAGGAUUGAAUGAAGGGGCAAGACGCUUUGCAGCUUGUAACCAUCAGCGCUCCCUAGAUUUUAUGCAACACACUAUCAACUACAAGAAGAUAGUCCCUGUAGGUUAUGAAUGCACAGAUUGGAAGGAUUUCCUUGAUGGCAAAUGUGCUGAAUGUGGAUCAGACACGAAAAGAUGUGCUAUAAUGGGAAUUAGAGCCGACGAGUAUAAACAAUUUAGAAAUAAUUCUAUUCAACAUGCUCUUUACCUCAAAACUUCAGGAAAAUCUCCCUUCUGGUUAUAUCACUACCAAAUAGCAAUAAAAUUAUUCAAACCACGGACAUCGCAUAAGGAUGUCAAAGGCACACUGGACGUUACUCUUUUUGGAAAAAAAGCUGAUGAAUUAGUUCAUGUGCAAAGCACAGCGGCUGAUUUCUACCACGGAGCUCGUUAUCAGUACCUUGUUACAACUGAAAAGGACCUUGGAGAUAUCAAAUCUGUCAGUAUAAAAUGGAUUAGUGCAUCUAAAAAUCCAAUUGAUUUGAUCAAAAAACCACUGCUUCACGUAGAGUAUGUGACAGUUAUACCAAUGAAUGAGAUUGAAAAGACGCCUAGAGACAUGACGAAUCGAGUAUUCUGCGGUAAACCUGAUAAAGGAAUACCACAAAAGACAAUAGCAUCUUUUCUGAGAGACGACAAGUGUCUUAAGUUUCUCUAACUUCAAUAUAAUGUAAAUAAAAAGAAGCUUACCUAUGUUUGGACUUUCUGCGGAAUAGAAUAAAUGCUUACCCAUAUA